AUUUUUGGCGGUAAUUUACUGGAGAUAAAGAUAUUUUAGAUUAAUAAGAUACUUUUUUUUACUUAACUAUAUUGAACAAAGUAAUCUUAAUUUUAAUGAAAUUGUACUUAUACUUUCUACAAUAUGAAUACUAGUCGUACAAAUGAAGUCUUGACUGAAGAAAAGAUUUUAAGAAGAUCACCAAGAUUUCUUUCCUCUAAUCACGAGGAAAAUAAAGAAAAAGAAUCGACUAUAGAAAAAGAACCUGAUAUUCAGUCUUUACCAUCAAUUGUGUUUAAAGGAAGAAUUAAUUAUGCCAAUAACUUUCAUGAUUGUGCCAAAAUUUGUGACGAUAUUAUACAGGAGAUUGAAAAAUAUAAAGACGAUAUUAUACCGAUAGGUUUUGAUUUAGAAUGGCCAUUUAGUUUUCAAACAGGAAGUGGAAAAACUGCAUUAGCACAGAUUUGUCUUAAUAAAUCUGUUUGUCAUCUUUUGCAUAUAUAUUAUUUAAAGAAGUUACCAGCAGCUUUUGUUAUACUCUUGAGUCAUCCAAAAGUAAAACUUGUAGGUGUUAAUGUUAAAAAUGAUAUUUGGAAACUUGGUAGAGAUUUUACAGAUUUUCCAGCAGGAAAGGUUGUUGAGGAAAAUUGUAUUGAAUGUGGUACAUAUGCAAAUAAGAUUCUAAAUCGUUCCAGUCGUUGGAGUUUAGAAAAGUUGACUGCUUAUUUGUUAAAAAAAAAAAUUGAUAAAAAUCCUGAAGUAAGAAGAAGCAAAUGGCAUAUUCAUCCUUUAAGCGAAGCACAAAAAAUAUAUGCAGCAACAGAUGCCUAUGUAUCAUUACUUACUUAUUUAUCAAUUCAAGAGAAGUUUUAUGAAAAAGAAAUGUUGGCAUGUUAAGUAAUGGAAAAAAUAACAAAAGCUUAUUGAAGGAUAUAUGUGGAUAAAAU